UCAGGGACAGUGGCGAAGGGAAUUAGCCUGAAUAUUUAGAUUGCAGCAGAGUCCUGGCGCUGGCAGUGGGGGCAGGAGUGAGUGUUCCGUCUGUUUCUGGACAGCUAACCUGUUCCUACUACCCGCAACACACAGUCGCACCUUGGUUUCAGUGGGGGGAUUUGGAUGAGAGUGGCAGAAAGCAACACGGCUGUGUGGACAGGCGGGAGUUACAGUGGGUCGCCGCUGAUUCCGUGGCCGCGAACACAGCGUGUGAGCUCGACUCUGUCUCACUGAAGCGCAGCCGGUGCAGUUCCGCAGAGAGGCGGCGAGCAGAGUCUUUAACUUCACGGGAGCCUUCUUGCCGAAAGCUUCCUAUUAAUUCUGGUGAGAAUCUGUUCAGCUAAGUCCUGGCCCACCCGGAGACUCCAAACACAUAGGCAUCCUGUGGAAGAAAAUUCAACAGGAUUGAUGAAGAUUGAAGGCUGAACGUAGGAAAUACUAUCGGAUAAGUGAUCAUGGGAGAUGCUAAGAUUGCUCAGACUAGCACACGUAUUUCCAAAACAACUCUAACUUUGGAAAGGCCUCAAGUGGACACAUACCCCCCUGAAGUGCCGGUCUUCACGUUGCCUCCAAGGAAUGCUCGCAUUCCCAUCAACGGAACAGCCAGGUUUGAUGGAAAGGUAAGGGGGCACCCAGAACCUCACAUCAGCUGGUACAAGAACGGGCAGCUUGUCCCAAAGGAUGAUCGGUACGUUACUGAACAAAGUUCACGCGGAACUUUUAGCUUGCUCAUUAAAGAAGUGCAGAAAGAAGAUGCGGGCAAGUUUACCUGUGAAACUGCCAAUGUCGCUGGUGCUCGACAGGUAACAGUGGAGUUAACAGUGACUGAGGAAACUGGCAGGAAAUAUGGAUGGCCUUCCAACAGCUCCAGUCGCUAUUCUACACAGUCGAUUGAAAAUAGACCCAGUAUAUGGGGUGAAAGUCCUCCGAAAUUUGUCACAAAGCCAACGCGACUCAUUAUCAAAGAAGGACAGAACGGCAAAUUCUCCUGUAAGAUAACAGGACGGCCACAACCUCAUGUUACCUGGCUGAAGAACGAUGUACAGCUGCAGCAAAGUAAUCGUUUCAACAUGUUUGAGAGGUCGGGGAUCCAUUUUCUGGAGAUCUGCGCUGCACAGUGCGAGGAUGCUGGAAGCUUUGUGUGUUUAGUCAAGAACAGUGCAGGGAAAGCACUGGCCACCGCCGAGCUCACAAUUCAAAGUAAAGAUGCUACAACUGGACUUGCGUCAGUACAUCCAAGAAGCAAUGGAGCUGAAACAGCUGAAAAUUUGGAAACUAAACACGCAACUGCAAAUGGCAUCCAAGUCGAAAAGAUGGCUAACACAGUCACCAAUCAAUCCAAUGAGAGCUUAAAAGUGGCAAAAAGCACUCCCACUGGCUGUGAAAAGCAGAUUGCUGAGACAGAAGAGAGAAUGGACAAAAGACAGGAAAACAAGUCUCAUCCAGAAUCAAUGGCAGACGACAGAUAUGCUAGGCUGUACCAAAAAGGAACAAGUUCCAUAACUCUUCAUGAGCCGCAAGGAGAAAGAAAUAAAUGUUCCAUUGAACAGAAACUCCCGAGCACUCAAACAAAUCCCAAGCACCAGCCCUCCCAAAACAUUACAAUGGUGUCCAAACUUCAGACAUCCCAAAGCUUCAAAGCAUCUCCUAAACAACAAAUAUCCCAAAUCAAUACAAUUGCACCAAAACAGCCACCUCAAAGCCUUGUAACAACUACUAAACAGCAAAUGUCCCAACUUAGUACACCAGCACCGAAGCAAUCACCUCAAAGCCUUAUUACUGCUACGAAACAACAGAUGUCCCAAAUCAGUACAACACCUAAAGAGUCCCCGCAAAGCCUUAUUACAACUCCGAAUCAACACAUAUCCCAAAGUGUCACAGCAGUCUCCAAAGAGCAGGUGCCUCAGAGCAUCUCAGCCGUUCCCGUCCAACAGAAAACCCAAUGGACCAUUGCAGCCCCGAGCCAACAGAAGUCCCAAAGUUCAGCAGAAACCCAAAGUCAGCAGAAUGCCAAGGAUGCUACGUUGCUUCAGUCAUGCAAGAGAGAAGAGCAACUAACCACUGGGGCAAAAGAUACUCUGGGAAGGCACCUGGAAGAGUGCAAGAAAGUUGUCUCGCAGGUAAACGUAGAGCGUUGCAGAACCCCUCAACAUUCACAGAGAACGACUGCCCAGGAUGGGGAAGCUAAGAGAAUUAUAGACGGAAAAUCAAUAUCUGCUGAAUCACCCCCCGACUUCCUGACUUGUCCUCAAAACCAGACGACUCAAGAGGGUGAAGAACUGAAGUUCAGCUGCACAAUUACAGGAACCCCCAAACCAGAAGUAAAGUGGGCUAAAAAUGGAGUUUCACUGCAAGGAAAACCAGCCGUAAAAAUAUAUGAGGAUGAUGGAGUUCAACAUCUUAGUUUCAACAACAUCAGUCUGUCAGAUAGUGGUUCUUACAGCUGCACUGCAUCAAACAGCAGAGGCCAACUCUCAAGGUGCUGGACAUUGAGUGUAAAAGGAUCCAAGGGCAAGGAGCUGCCCCCAGCGUUCACCAGCAAACUGAAAGAUUGCACCGUGAGUGAAGGGCAGGAUUUUGUGCUGGAGUGCUUGGUGGAGGGUAAACCUCCGCCUCACGUUACAUGGCUUGUCAAUGACAAACCCUUCCAGUACGCACACAACACUUAUAAAGAUGGCAUAGCAAAGUUAUCCGUGCUGGAUGCUUUGCCAGAAGAUGAUGCUGUUUAUACCUGCGUGGCAGAGAACAAAUUGGGAACGGUAUCUUGCUCUGCCAAAGUGACGGUGAAAGAAAGAACGAUCACCAAGAAGGCAGAGAGUCCAGGUCUCCAAGAGACAGAAAAACCUUUUGCUCCAGUCUUCCUGCAGGAGCUGACUAAUCUGCAAGUCAUGGAUGGCAGCCAAGUGCGAAUGGCAGUGGAAGUGACAGCCAACCCACCUCCUGAAGUUAUCUGGCUUCAUAAUGGGAAGGAAAUUCAGGAAUCGGAAGACUUUCAGUUUGAAAAGAAUGGAAAUGAAUACAGUCUUUUUAUUCAGGAGGUUUUUCCUGAAGAUACUGGAAAAUACACGUGUGAGGCCUGGAAUGACCAUGGGGAAGUGCAGACACAGGCAAUACUAACUGUAAAAGAGCCCCAGGACGGGACGCAGCCCUGGUUUAUCAGCAAGCCCAAAGCCGUGACUUCAUCUGUAGGUGAACGAGUCCUCAUCUCUUGUGCCAUCGCCGGAGACCCAUUCCCAACCGUACAGUGGCUGAAGGAUGGGAAAGAGGUUGAAAUCGACGAAGGCUGCAGAGUCCUCCAGAAUGACGAUGUAUUUACGCUGUUCAUCAACAGUGUCCAAUUGCACCAUUCCGGUCUGUAUGAAAUACGGCUCAAAAACCAGGUCGCCAAGUGUAACUGCCAUGUGUCACUCGUGGUCAAAGAAUACUCCCUUUCCCGAGAAGAUGCCAAGGAAAAUGGCGGUAAGAUACAAUUAGACGACAGCAUCUUUGGAAAGGAGGAGGUUUGCGGUGAUGGCAUAGAGGAUCUUGAUCGAGCCGAGACUGCCAAAAGGAGCCUUGAAGAAUCCAAAGCCAAGGAGAAGGCGUUCCGUGGAGUGCUGCGACGGAAAGUGGAGACCAAGGAGCAGUCCGCCGAGCAGCUCAAACAGCAAGAGGCUGAGCAGAAAGACUUCCGCUGCGUCCUGGGCAAGAAGGUCAUCACCAAGAGCUUUUCCGAAGAGGAUCUGAAGGAACGGCAGGCAGAACAGAUGAACUUCAGAGACUCUCUCUCCAGACAUGUUAAGCCAACUAAUUUGUUUGAAGACGAAAAGAAAAUUUCAAGCCCCCAACAGGUAGAUUUCCGGGCGGUCUUGGGUAAAAAGGCCAUGCCCAAAAUCUCACCGCAAGAAGCGAUCUCGCCAAAGCAAGCGCAGCCAGACUUCAGGAGUGCCCUGAGCUCGAAGAAGAACUCCUCCUCUGACAAGGAGGCAAGUAAUGAUGCCGGCAGCAUUAAGUCUGUAAAAGUGGACAUAAAUGAUGGGGGGGAUUGUAAAGAUGGAUGUUCACAUGUUGACGGUGUGCUGAUUGAGGAGAAACCUGACAAUGCAGGCAAUGCACCUGUCUUUAAGGAAACAUUAAAGGAUGCUCAGAUAGCGGACAGUGAGCGGUUAUUAUUGCAUUGCCGAGUAGUGGCCAACCCACCCCUGACGGUCACCUGGACUAUAAAUGGAAAGGUCAUCAAGUCGUCCAAGUUCAUUACUAUAUCUCAAGAAGGAUCACUUUGUUCGCUGACAAUUGAAGAGAUUUUGCCCGAAGAUGCAGGCCGAUACAGAUGCUUGGCUGAGAAUCCUGAAGGGAAAAUGGAAUGUGCUUGCUCCGUUACUGUGAUUGAUGCAGUUGAACAAAAGACUCCUAAACCUACUGAGGAAAAGUCCAAGAAGAUAAUAUCCAUUUCGAGUCCCACUUCAGAAACAGACUGUGCUGAAGCCACCAUCAAAAAGAAACCGACUCCCAAAACUCCUCCCAAACCAGCUAUCCCGCCACAGAUACUACAGUGCCCUGAAAGCAUGAAAGUCCGCGCCGGCGAGUCUGCAGAACUGUUUUUGAAGCUUGCCGGGACACCGCCACUCACCUACACGUGGCUAAAGUUUAGGAAACAGAUUAAAGAGAGUGAUCACAUUAAAAUAGACAAUACAGAGAGCAGCAGUAAGCUAAUCAUCUCAUCAACCAAGCAUGAGGACUGUGGCUGUUACUAUUUACUGGUAGAAAAUAAGAUGGGAAGCAAACAAGUUCAAGUUAACCUCACAAUUGUAGAUAGACCAGAACCUCCUGCAGGCAAGCCCUGCUCUUCCGACGUCCGUAGUUCCACCCUGACUCUGUCGUGGUACGGGCCCACCUACGACGGCGGCAGCGUUGUUCAGUCUUACAACGUGGAAACCUGGAAUUCAGAGCAGAAGCAAUGGAUGCCCCUGACUACCUGCCGCAGCACCUCCUGCAACGUGUGUGACCUGACCCCCGACGAAGAGUACAAGUUCCGAGUCCGAGCUGUCAACAUCUACGGCACCAGCGAGCCGAGUCAGGAAUCCGAUUUGGUCAAAGUGGGAGUGAGAGAAGAACACAAAGAUGAAGUUGAUCUAUCCGAUGAUGAUGAGAAAGAAGGUGAACCGGAUUAUCGGGUUGUCACGAUUAACACAAACGAGAAGGUUGCUGAAUAUUACGAUAUACUGGAAAAAAUAGGAACGGGGAAAUUUGGACAAGUUUUCAAACUUGUUGAGAAGAAAACUAAAAAAGUUUGGGCAGGGAAGUUUUUCAAAGCUUUUUCUGCAAAGGAUAAAGAAAACAUUAGACAAGAGAUCAGUAUUAUGAAUUGCCUACACCAUCCAAAGCUUGUUCAAUGCGUUGAUGCAUUUGAAUUAAGGAAAGACAUCGUGAUGGUUCUGGAAAUAGUUUCAGGAGGGGAGCUUUUUGAGAGAAUAAUUGAUGAGGAUUUCGAGUUGACCGAGAUAGAAUGCAUCAAGUACAUGCUGCAAAUUAAUGAAGGGGUGCAGUUUAUCCACAAGCAGGAAAUUGUACAUCUGGACUUGAAGCCAGAAAACAUCAUGUGUGUCAACAAAACAGGAGCCAGGAUUAAGCUCAUUGAUUUCGGACUGGCUCGAAGAUUAGAAAGUACAUCCUCUCUAAAGGUUCUAUUUGGAACUCCUGAAUUUGUUGCUCCAGAAGUUAUCAACUAUGAACCAAUUGGGUAUGCAACAGACAUGUGGAGCAUCGGAGUUAUCUGCUAUAUCUUGGUCAGUGGACUGUCUCCUUUCAUGGGCGAUAAUGAUAAUGAAACCUUGGCGAACGUAACAUCAGCCACUUGGGAUUUUGAUGAUGAUGCAUUCGAUGAAAUUUCAGAAGAAGCCAAAGACUUUAUUAGUGGUCUGCUGACAAAAGACAUGAAACAUCGCUUGAACUGUGAUCAGUGUCUCGAGCACAAGUGGCUGAAAAAAGAUGUUAAGAACAUGGCUGUGAAAAAACUUUCAAAGGAAAGAAUGAAGAAGUACAUGACCAGAAGGAAAUGGCAGAAGACGGGCCAUGCGGUUCGAGCGAUUGGCCGAUUGUCCUCUAUGGCGAUGCUCGCUGGUCUAAGUGGGAAGAAGACCUCUCUGGGAAACAUACCUGCCUGUCCUCUCACUUCUCCCGAGCAGCCAGAAGCUGAAGCCGUUGACACCAGUGUGCUUCUUGAAGAAGUUUCUGAAGAAAAGCAAAACUUUAAACCAUAUUUCUCCAAGACCUUUGAAGACGUUGAAGUUAUAGAAAACAGUGCAGCGCGGUUUGAUUGCAAGAUCGAGGGUUACCCUGACCCUGAAGUCAUCUGGUUUAAGGAUGAGCAGCCCAUGAAAGAAUCUCAUCACUACCAGAUUGAGUACGAUGAAGAUGGGAACUGCUCCUUGCUCAUUUCUGAGGUAUCUUCGUGUGACGUCGGCAAAUUUACUUGCAAAGCCAUCAACAGCUUAGGAGAUUCAACCUGGACAGCUGAACUCAGUGUGCAAACAAUAGAGGGAGAUAAAUGAGCAACACUCCAUCAGAGUUUAGAAAAAGGUGUUGCUCGUGCUUGUUGUCUAAUGUUAAAUGCUACACUAUUAAAGACUAUUUAAAGGAGCAUAAGGGUUUGACAAGCAAAAUUCAUCGUUAAUUCCCAAGGCAUGGAAAUAGUUUAUUGAUAUAAGAAAUCAAUGUGGAAUAUUGCAGUCAUACCCAGAAACGUAAGAUUAGAACCCACAUGAUCACUUAGUGACAGAUAUAUGCCAAUCUGAAUACCACAGCUAUAUAUACUAUAGUAUAUACGAUAUACCCGUGGUUCCGUUUUGCCAUCAUUUACCAAUUAACUGCAAUAAUCACUAACUUUCUCAGAGAAAUUUAGAAAUUCUUUGAAGCUGGUAUCCAAAAUCUGCCAUCAAGCCUUUUUUGUGCUUUGACACAGUUCUUUGGUCAUCCCCAGUUGCAUGUACAGAUGUUGGAGAAGCCAAUUGGUGACUCCCUAGUUAACGAAUUUCAUCCACCUACUCGAAGCUUUCUGUGAUCUAAGAGAUAUUUUAAACACAAUCCUGUUUACAUGACACUGCUCCUUUCACGUGUGUUUAAUGUCUUUCACAAUGCGUUUUAUGUGUCACUUUAGUUUAUGGUUUGUGGACAAUGAUAGAGUUCGUGCAUUUACUGGUCACACCACACAAGGGAAGUGAACACCAGAAUUUCUGUUGAUGCCGCAAAAAAGCACGGAAAUGCAGCCCGCAUUAUUAUAUAAUAAAAGACAAAGGAUGUAAAGAAUACAGGAAGGUGACUUUGGUUAGUAAAUCCUGCUGUUUCAAAAUCUAGCCGAAAAUUAUUCCAAAUAUUGGUGGCAAGGCAUAUUUUUAAUAGAAAGCAAUAAGGCCUGAAAAUCAAAUAGAUUAUUAUGAAUUAAAUGCAAAGAUAAUGCCAUAAGACAUCACAAACCAUAUUAUUGUAAAGUACUCAAUAAUCAAAUUCUGCUUAAGAGAACAUAGUGCAGAGAACAGCACAGGAAGUGGCCGUUUGGCCCAUGCCAAUCAUGAUGCUCGGCCAAACUAAUCUGCUCUGCCUGCACGUGAUCCAUAUCCUUCCAAUCCAUUAUGAUCUAACUCAUUUCAAAUGGGUGUGGGUCUGUCGUAAAUAUAAUGAGGCUUUUAUUGGGACCACAGAAGAGAAAUACUAUUAAACUGAGAUGCCCUCUGUCUCUUGAAGCUUUACCCUUGGCAUGGAGCUUGUCUGAUAAUUAGCACAGAUUAAUAAACCAUGCCAUGACCAUCUCCCAUCUGGCUUAAUUGUUUAGUGACAAUUUGGUCACAUUUCAAAUUUUCUUUCUAAUUUUCGAAGCUGGUGGUUUAGUUGCCUGAUAACAGCCUGGAAGAAACUGUCCCUGUUGCCUGACCCGCUGAGUUACUCUAGCACUUUAUAUCAGAGAGAGUCCUCAUUAUGUUGUCUCUUGUGCCUGUUAUAAGUUAAGACUUCAGCAACAUUUGGUACAGGAGUAGCUCUUUUUAAUGGAAGAAACUUUACCCCAAUGUGGUUUUUAUGUAAGUUGUAUCAUUGUCACUAGUGUGUGUAGGUUUGUGUACAUGGUGAUUGCUGGUCAGCGCAGACUCUCCUACUUGUGGAAACAUCCUCUCCACAUCCACUCUAUCCACUGAUUCAGUAAGUUUCAAUGAGACCCUAUCCUCAUCCUCUAAACACCAGCGAGUACAGGCCCAGUACCAUCAAACGCUCCUCAUAUGCUAACCCAAUCACCCCCAGGAUCAUUUUUGUAAACCUCCUCUGGGCCCUCUUCAAUGGCAGCACAUCCUUCCUCAGAUAUGAGGCCCAUUACUGCUCACAAUACUCCAAAUGCAGUCUGAGCAAUGCCCUAUAAAGCCUCAGCAUUACAUCCCUGCUAUUUUUAUUUUCUGCUUUAUCAGGGACACACACGCACACAAACACUUUUCAACCAAUGCAGACCUCUCGGUUCUUUCGGCACACACGAGUGGUCUUUAGCUAUGACUUCAAAGAGCAAGCCACCUUAUCUCAUAUUCUUUGAAAAGUCUUAAUAUGUUUAUAAAAAGCAAUAUAUAUAUAUUUACAUUUCACCAUGGUUCUACUGUUUUCAUUAACUUCACACCUUAAGAGAGCAUAUUCAAGAAGGAAUUAGAUAUAGUGUCUUCACUGUCUAAAGAGAUAUGGGCAAAAUGUGGGAGCAGGACACAGAUACAUUUGGAUGAACAGCCAUGAUCAUAUUGAAUGGUGAAGCAGGAUUAAAGGGCCGAAUGCCCUCUCCUGCCUCUAGUUAUUAGACUUAAGCAAAAGCAUGCACUUUACAAUGCGAGGCAAAGGUGGAUAUAAUAUAUAGAAAUAUUCCAUGAUGCACAAUUAAACUAUAUGCAAUUACACAACUGUAGGAUCAGACUGUGUCUCUCUACUUUAACCAGUUUUUAUCGUAAACAUUUUAGUCUGAAUAAGAUACAUGGAACUGCAGAUGCUGGUUUACAAAAAAGACACAAAGUCCUUGAGUAACGUAAUGGGAUAGGCACCAUCUCUGGAGAACAUGCAUCACCUAUCCAUGUUCUCCAGAGAAGCUGCCUGAUCUAAGUUACUCCAGCACUUUGGGUCUUUUUUUAGUCUGAAUUAAUAUUUGAUCACAUUUCAUCCGAUCUGAUACACUCGGAUUUCACAACAUUGCAAACUUAAAUAUUACAAAUCAAAAAAUAGGUAUUUAUAAUUGUUGAUUACAAGUCCUUUGUUUUAGAUUUGGCUACAAUAGUUUUCAGAAUACUUCUCCAAACCUUUCACAAACAAGCUUCAGAUUUGAACAAAUGAAUAAUAGUAUUGAAACUCUUACUUCCCAUUGCUGUCAUACGGUUUAAUAAAUGCUAUUAUGGAUUUUAAGAUGUAUGUGCCAUUUCAUCAUCGUAAAAUAAAUUCAGUUAAGGACAAGAAAUUAAUUGUUUUAACCAUAAACUAAAACUGAAACAUAUUUUGAAUUUGAUAAAUACAUUUUACAUUAAUAACCAAUAAAGUCGGUAUAGACAAUGUUACAAUGUUUACGAUGCUAACAGCUACCAAAUGUUUGUAAUUUGUAAAACAAUUAUUAAAAAGUGAAUGACA